UUCACCACCGUCACCCCUCUAGCCGGGCGGCGUGCCCCCCGUGGAAUGCGUCUGCUCACAGUCUGACCCGGCCCUGGGAGGUGGCCCAGGGCAGCCUGCUUUCCAGAGGAGGAAGCAGGUUCAGAGGGGCCCCCACUCAUGGGAGGAAGGUCUGAGUGAGGCGUGCCUGACCCCAAAGCCUGUGCUCGUGGCCACUGCCCAGAGGUCCGCCCCCGCGCACUGUACAGAGGCCCCUGGGGCUGGAGAGCCCCAGCCCCACGGCACCCUUCCGGGUGGGGCCCUAGAGCGGCGUCCCCGGGUGGGUCCCCACCUCCCGCCAAGUCCCACUCCCUCUGCAGGGGCCACAAGAUGGGGUGAGGCGGGAGAACAGCCCAGUCCCCGCACCUUUCACAACCCGCCCGAUGGCGCCAUGGAGCAGGAAGGGUUACAAAGAGGCCACAGGAAGCUCUGACGUGGCAGCAGAGGGUGGGUACAGGAGGGCCCUGCAGAUCCUGGGACCAGAGGACCUGUGGUCCCCGGGCUCCCGCCAGUGUGGGCAAGGCUGGGCCAGGAUGGGGACCCCCAGGGCCCCGGGGGUCCGGCUCCUCCUGCUCCUCCUGCUCCUCCUGCUCCUCCUGCUCCUGGCCUCAGGUGAGGAGAAUUCCACGGGCGCGCCUGCAUCCAGCCCCCGCCGCGAGGACUCAAGGAACACCUGCCUGGGGCUCAUCAAUAGGGGCCGUUACAGAAGCUUCUAUCUUCAGGACACCGCCAAGUGCUUCACCAAGUGCGAGCCGUCGAGCAACGAAUCCUGUGAUCUGGGAAAUCUGCAGAGAUACUGGCUGGACUACGAGAACUACCUGGUGGAGGGGAGCCUGGAGAAGACAACGAACUUGUCUUUGCCUUUUCUGAAGGCUGUGGUCAAGAACGUCAGCACCAACAUCUCAGGCGACCUGUACUUCUCUCUGACCCCCUCUCAGAUCACGGGGCAGGUCCCGGAGGACAAGCGCAUGUUCCCUGACAGAGUCCGGCUGCCCAGGAGCCUGUUUGCGUCCCUGCAGGGCAGCAGGUCGCAGGUCCGCUUGGCUGUCUCUGUCCUGGACAUCGGGUCGGGGAACCUCUUCAAGGGCCCCAGGCUCAGCCUGGAGGACGCUGGCAGCGUGCUGAACAACCGCCUGGUGGGCCUGAGCCUGGGCCGCACGCGUGUCACCGGGCUGACGGAGCCUCUGGAGAUCACCUUCUCCCACCAGCCGCAGCCUCCCAACAUGACCCUCACCUGCGUAUUCUGGGAUGUGACUAAAGGGUCAACGGGAGACUGGUCUUCCGAGGGCUGCUCCACAGAUGUCAGAGCCGAGGGGACUGUCUGCCGCUGUGACCACCUGACCUUCUUUGCCCUGCUGCUGAGGCCAGUCUUGGACAAGGUCACCGUGCAGGCCCUCACAAAAAUUUCCCAGGUUGGCUGCGGAGCCUCCAUGGUCUUCCUGGCCUUCACCAUCAUCUUCGCUGCCCUGAGAUUCUGUCGCAAGAGGUUCGAGUCAGAAGAUGCUCUCAAGAUCCACGCGGCCCUGAGCGUUAGCCUGUUCCUCCUGAACCUCACCUUCUUCAUCAAUCUGGAUCAUGGCCCGAAGUUGUCCCUUGCCCCCUGCGGGGCCCUGGGGGCCAUCUCCCACUUCUUCCUGCUCUGCGUCUUCACCUGGAUGGGCCUGGAAGCCUUCCACCUCUACCUGCUCAUCAUCAGAGUCUUUAACACCUAUUUCGGGCACUACUUCCUAAAGCUGAGCCUAGCGGGCUGGGGCCUGCCAGCCCUGAUGGUCAUCGGCACCGGGAGUGCCAGCAGCUACGGCCGCUACACCAUCCGAGACCAGGAGAACAGGUCCACGCUGGAGCUGUGCUGGUUCAGCAACGAAACUGCUCUCUACAUCACCGUCCACGGCUACUUCCUUGUCACCUACCUCUUCAACGCCGUGGUCCUGAGCCUGGUGGCCUGGAAGAUCUUCACUCUGCCUGGCACCACGGCGGGCAAGGAGAAGCGGCAGAAGUGCAAGGGAGUCCUCACCUUGCUGGGCCUCUCCAGCCUGGUGGGCAUGACGUGGGGGCUGGCCAUCCUCACACCCCUGGGCCUGUCCACCGUCUACGUCUUUGCACUGUUCAACUCCUUCCAAGGUGUCUUCAUCUUCUGCUGGAUCAUCGUGCUGUACCUGCCGCGGCAGAGCGCCGGGACCUCUUCUGGCACUGCCCAAGCCGAGCAGACCCACACCGUGUCCCACGAGUAGGGGGCCGGCCCUGUGCUCUGGACUCAGCUCCCGCCCACCUGUGACCUUGGACGGCUCCCUGCCUCCCUCUGGGCCUCAGUUUCCACAUCAGACAAAGUGGAAGGGGGCGGGAUGGGGACCAGGUGGGACCAGGUAGGACCACGUGACCUCAAAGGUCACAUGCAGAUUCAUCUCUGGUCUGAAAGUCCUCAAAUCUGGGACCACAGGCAUCCAAAGUUCCUAUAAUCCUGGGACCCAGCCAGCACAGAGUGACACCCUCACCCCUUCCACUACGCCCCCACCCCCCUCCUAGCAAAGCAGCCUGUCUCUGCCAUCGCCCACCUUCUGGCGUCAGUAAGGGCCUGAGUCCAACCAGAGGCGCUUGUCGUUGGCCCAGCCCCUCAAAGGAGCCCCAGCCUCUCCCUCGCACCCUCUCAUCACUGUCACUGCCUCCCUCACCCUCCCCACCCUCCCCCUGCCUCUAGGGAGAGUCCUCCCCUCAGGCCCUGGGAUGGUUGUGAACUGGAGGUUUGUCUGAGGGGUUGGUCCUCCCAGCUUGCCUGCCCUGAGCUCAGUCUGCCUCCCCAUUUGGGGAGCUGCCAGCCCUCCAGGUGUCCGGGACACUGAAUUUCAGAGGAUGCCACUUAGUGGGUGGGAUGGCUCCUGUUCCCAUUUGGACUGCCAUGUGGGUGGCUUGAGCUCUGGUCUGUUGUCAUGGUGGGCCAGGGGUCCAGGGCUAUGUGGACCUGGGGGCCGAGGGGCUGGGCUGAGCAGGGGGAGAGAGAGAGAGAGAGGCCACUCCUCCCUUGGAAUCUGAGUGCCCAUGGAGCAGGCACUGCGGCGGCCUCGCUCCCCCGUUCAGCCCAGCCCUGGCGGGUUCGGGGCCCUCAAUAAAUAUCUGCUGGCCAAUCAGGUGGAUGUGCGAGUUUGGCACCCGCCCCACGGGGCCCCGAGCCAGGGGAGUGUCUCAGGCCGGGCGCCGCCUCCAGCGGCUGGACCUCUGCUGUGUCAUACCCACGUGCCGGUUUCCUCUGUAGGAAACGAAAAGAGAGACAGAGAUCACAGAGAUAGAGGAAGAGAUGCCGCGAUGAGCGAUACAGCGAGGGAGGGCCUACAGGCAAGCUGACACAGAGGGAGGGGGCGGAGGCAGAAGGACGGCAGCCCCCUCCCCAAGCCCACCCUGACCCAGGGGGCAGCACACUGGCCUUGGCCCCCCUCCCUGCGCCCACCCUCAGGUUCGUGUUCCCAGCCUAGCCUGUAUUUACGAACCAUCAGGGGACUCCCUCCCCCGCCUGACCACCCCCCUCUCCAGUGGGCUUUGGAGAAGGUCAAGUACCUCCUACAGGUGACAAGUUGUUAUUAUUAGACCCUCCCCACAGCCCUGCUGUUGGUCUGCUACCCCCCAGACUCUGCCCACCCCCCACGUGGACGGGACCAGCAAGCAGACGAAAGGCAGGAAAGCCGCUGCGCACUAGAAGGGAAACCCCAGGGAGGGGACGUUACUUCGGUUGAGCCACAUCGUUAGGUUUUGUGCCUUCUACUCGGUGGCUUUGGAGGCUUAUCUUCACAGGCCCAUGUUUCUCACGCCGAAGGUCUCUGCUUCCCUUCCCCGAAGUCUCAGCGUUGCCAACCCGCGCCCAGGAGGAACAGAGUCUACCUGGCCCGGGCCCAAGUCCUCGCUCUGCCGCUCAGGGGCUGUGGGACCCUGGGCACGUCACUGCACCGCUCCAAGCCUCAGUUUCCCCGUCUGUCAAACUGAGAUCAAGUCCUUGCCUCGUCCUGAGAGCGUUAAGGGAGGUGACGGAAGUCAAGUGCCGGGUCACCUGAUGCCGCAGGGAGCUAGCUGGCUUCCCAAGACCCCCCCCCCCCCUUCCUUGGCUUAAACAAACACCAGGGGGAGCCCUUGGGUAAAGCACGACCCUCUGCAACCUGCAGUGACCUAGGAGGCGUGUGAAGGUCAAAGCUCCCUUUCUGAUUCCUUCCCAAGCUCUGCUGGGUGGCGCAGCCCUCUGGGGGAUGAUGAGGCCCGGUGGCCCUGAGAGGCCGAGCGACCUGACCUGCACGAGGCUGGUCUGCGAGCUGGGGCGACGCUAGGGCUGGGGCAUCCCAGGGUUGCUGAUGCCUCCUCCUCCAGGAGCAUUCCCCGGGUUCAAGGAUUAUCACCCCGCCCCCAACCCCCUGAGCCCCUGGGCCGUGGUUUCCCAGACACGCGCAGAGGGAACCCCAAGCCCAGGUGAGCCGGGUUUCCUGGUGCAGAGGGAGAAGGUGUGGGGAGCGAUGGCUCUGCCGCCCAGGGCCAGGCAGGGGCAGGGGGUGGUCCCUUGUUGCCGGGGUCACUGCAAAAGCGGCUCCAAGUGCCACGCUGAACGCAUGCUGAGGCCAGGCAGGGCCAUGGUAAAAGUGCACCCGAAAGCCCAGCACGAAUGAGCAGGGGUCCCCGGUCACUGGACCGUCACCAUAGCAACCCAGGAGGCAGGCAGCCUGCCUGGUCCAAAUUCUACCCCUGCGCCUGCAUUGGACCAGUUCCCCACCCACUGGACUCGUGAAGGUGGGGUGGCAGUGGCUGCCCCACAGGGCGGACGACGGAGUAAAGGAGGCCCAGCCGAGAGGGCGGCCCAGCAUCCGGGUCACCGAGUCCGGCGGGAAUGCGGCUGACCCCAGCUUUUCCCUGGCCGUCACCUUCACCUUGUCAAGCUGCAGUGGCCAUCAGUGUGCUGCAGGGCGGGUCCCCCCUACCCCCACCCCCACCAUGGCUCCCCGGUUCUUUCUGUUGUACCCCAAUUUCUUCACGCCUAGUACUUUUUAUUACAAUAUAACAUAUACACAGGAAAUGAGGAGGCCUCCCUGCUCUGAGCUCUCAGAUGGAUAACAAUAUCAAAAGAUUUAAGUUCUCCACCAAUUAAUCAAAGAAUACAAUGCGAUUUGAAUAAACACUCCAAAUGAUUCUUUAAGACUUUCCAAAAAUUGUUCUAAAAUUUAUAUGGAG